UGAUGUUCCUGUUCCGCCUUCUUCUUCUCCCCUCCUCCGCGGCCAUCCUGAUCAAGACUUUUGGUUCCAGGCCGUCGCGUGGGACCCAGAUAAAGUGUACAGCUCCAUCCUGACCGAUGCCUCGGCACCUCGCUAUGCAAGGAAGCGCACGGCGACCUGAGGGGAUGCACGGCCUCUCGCUGCCGGGCGCAGCCUUCGAGGACACCGCCCCUGACGUACCCGUCGGCGCCAUGUCCCCCUGCUCCUCGUCCUCCGGCGAGUGGCCUGUCGGCCGGGCGCAAGCCGGGGACACAGUCGCCGCGGCGGACGCGGGCAUGGACGGGCCCCUGACGAGGGCGAGCCUGAGGCUGGAGCUCCAGCGCUUCGUGCACGACCCGCUGCUGGCCCAUCUGAAGGCCGCCACGGGCGACGUCCUGCGCGCGUGCGGCGCCGAGGCGCAGGCGCAGGGCUACCUGGGGGCCGCCCUGAGAGACGCUCUGCGCCCGUGCGGCGCGGAGGCGCGGGGCCGCGAGCUCCCCGGGGGGGCCGGCAGCCCCGCCCCGCAGCCGGAGAGCCCCAGACGGUCUGCCAGCCUCCCGGCGUCAGGUGCUGGGCAGCGGAGCUCCUCGUUCCUGAUGAUGUCGCCACAGAAGAGCGGGCCCAGCCCACGGGUCAGCAAGCGGGCCGUCACGCCCGACUCGCCCGACUCGGCCGCGCGGUCGCCUUCGAAGGGGCGCCGCGCCAGCGAGAGCGACGCGAACCCCGGGCGGGGCCCGGGCGCUGGGGAGCGACGCUCCUCCUUCCUGAUGUCGCCCCGGAAGAGCGGGCCUAGCGGACGGGCCUCCCGGCGGCCCGUCACGCCCGACGUGCCCGCGCCAGAAUUGCCGCUGGUGCGGCAACGCGCCAGCGACGGCGAUGCGAUCCCCGGGCGGGGGCCGGGCGCUCAGAUGGCACCCUCCAGGACCGCCCCACCGCCCCCGAGGACGCAGAGAGCGGAGGGUGCCGCACCGCGUUCGGCGACGGCUCUCAGCCAUUGGCGCAGCGGCCCCGCUCGUGGAGCCCCAUGCGGUCGGAGAGCCAGCUCCAGCUGGGCGUCCCGAAGCCGCCCGUUGCGAUGAAGUCUCUCUUCGACAUGAGCGGCAAGGACAUACUCGAGAGCGGCAGGUUUGAGACCUUCAUGGGGAUCGUCAUCGCCCUGAACGCGGCCUUGAUCGGAUUCGAGGUCGAUUGGCAGGCUCGGCGCGUC